AUGCGACGUGCACGGCGCGAAUCGCGGAGCGCCGGGUCCGACGGGCGCCGCCAGCUACAAACGAAGCUGCAGGCUACAUGUCCCUCUUCCGGGCACCUUAUCGACGACACACUGUUUCGGGAAUCUACCGUUGAAGCUUCCAACGAAGCUUCCAUAGGCAUCCGAUCAAGACACGUUGCUCCCUCCUGCAUUUGUGACUUCUUUUGCACCUGCCUUCUCGCUUUUAGCCCAGAGCAUAAAUAUCCUUGCUCUGAGGCAAUCUGCACUGUUGUGGGGGCGGGUUAG